AUGGUACGAGAACAUUUAUUUGACGAGGAAUCACCAACGAACGCCGAAGAACGAUCGCGGUCGCUGCAAAAAAUGACGCUCUUGGUGUGGUGGAUUUGGAUGCACAUGGAUGACGACGACGAUACCGGAAACGCGAUCAAAGAAGUCGUCACUGCCGAUGUGUUUGCCCUAGGCGCUGGAUCGAUGUCGACGUCGGAAAUCAAGUCGUUUGACGAGUACUACAAGGAGUUCAACAUAAAGAACGUCUCCAAGGCCACCGCCGCCGACGAGUAA